AUGCCCUACGACUAUGAACUCAAUAACGAUAAGUCCAUGCCCGUAGCCGUCGUGGGCAUGGGCUUCCGUGGCCCAGGAGAUGCAACCAAUGUUGAAAGACUCUGGCAGAUGAUACUCGAUGGUCGUGAAGCACGAACCCGGAUCCCCCAAUCAAGGUGGAAUAACGAUGCUUUCUUCCAUCCAGACCAUUCAAGGCACGGGACGAUAAAUGUCCAAGACGGUCAUUUCCUUACAGAAGAUAUCUCGUUGUUUGACGCUCCGUUUUUCAAUAUGACCAGCGACGAAGCAGCUUCUAUGGAUCCCCAGCAAAGACUUCUUCUCGAGGUUGUACAUGAAGGGCUCGAAAAUGCCGGUAUCCCCCUCCCCCAGAUAACUGGUACCAAGACCUCCUGUUUCGUUGGCUCCUUUAAUUCAGACUAUACCGACCUUCUUCUUCGUGAUCCGGAGGCUGUCUCCAUGUACCAAUGCACAAAUGCUGGACAGUCUCGUGCUAUGACAGCAAACCGGGUGUCGUACUUUUAUGACCUCAAAGGACCUAGUGUGACCGUUGACACUGCGUGUUCCGGGAGCUUGGUGGCUCUUCAUUUGGCUUGCCAGAGUUUGAGAACAGGUGAUGCCACGAUGGCUAUGGCGGCGGGUGUCAACAUUGUCCUCAGUCACGAAUUCAUGACGACCAUGAGUAUGAUGAAAUUUCUAUCUUCCGACGGACGUUGCUAUACAUUCGAUGACAAUGCGAAUGGAUAUGCUCGCGGCGAGGCGGUUGGCUGCUUAAUCCUCAAGCCUCUCAAAGAUGCGCUUCGAGACAAAGACACUAUCCGCGCUGUUAUCCGAGGUUCUGGAUCCAACCAAGAUGGCCGCACCCCUGGUAUCACGUUACCCAACGGCGCCGCACAAGAAGCUCUGAUCCGGGAUGUGUACAACACGGCUGGCCUCGAUCCUCGUGAAACAGAAUUCGUCGAGGCUCACGGUACGGGCACACAAGCGGGCGAUCCCAUUGAGACUUCAGCUCUGGCAAGGGUUUUUGGGCCAGGCCGUGCCCCCGAAACACCUCUGCGUAUUGGGUCCAUCAAGACAAACGUCGGUCAUUUGGAGGGGUCAAGUGGCAUUGCUGGCGUGAUUAAAGCUGUAUUCAUGCUGGAGAAUAGGUCCUUUCUCCCAAACCGCAAUUUUACCACACUCAACCCGCGAAUUCUGCUGGAUGAGUGGAAGCUCAAGAUACAACUGGAGCCUGAAGUAUGGGACAGCCCAGGUCCUCAUCGCGUCUCCGUAAAUAGCUUCGGAUACGGUGGUAGCAAUGCUCAUAUUAUCCUCGAGGAUGCUGUGGGAUAUCUCUCCAGACGAGGUCUGAGCGGACUCUACCGGAAACUGCAAUCUCCAGUGGCAACCUCAAACGGGACUGCAAGCCACGAUGCUCAGUCCUCGAAAUCUCGAAUCAUCAUGAUUUCUGGUUUCGAUGAUGUCUCAUGCACGAAACAGGCAGAGAAAAUACGCAAAUAUCUCCUCGAGAGAGAGCCGCUGACGGACGAUACCUUUAUGAACAAUCUAGCCUUUACACUCAAUGACCACCGCACAAGACUACCAUGCAAAGUCGCAGUUACUGGCGGAACGGCCGCUGAGAUUGCGGGGGCCUUAUCCAGCAAGAUUAAGGUCAAGAGGAGUACCAAGAAGCCUACCGUUGGAUUCGUCUUCACUGGACAGGGUGCUCAAUCGCCCGGAAUGGGAAAGGAGCUGCUUGGUGCCUAUCCUAUUUUCCGGAAAUCUAUCGAGGCUAUCGAUGAGUAUUUAAAACACAUUGGGGCUCCGUUCAGUGUUAUAGAUGAGAUUUGGACAAACGAAGAUCCUGCCCAACUGAGCCAUCCUCUCUACAGUCAGCCAUUAUGCUCUGCGUUACAGAUAGCCUUGGUAGAUCUCCUCGCAAGCUGGGGCAUCGUCCCCGACUCGGUAACGGGUCAUUCCAGUGGGGAAAUUGCAUCCGCGUACGCAGCUGGUGCUCUGACCAUGGAGGAUGCAAUGUCGAUUGCGUACCAUCGAGGUGUUGCAGCUAGUAGAAUUGCAAAUGAGGGACUGAAGAAAGGUGGCAUGCUUGCCCUGGGUAUUUCCGCAGAAGAUGUCCAGCCCUAUCUGGAGAUACUACAAUCUGGUAAGGCUGUCGUGGCUUGUGUAAACAGCCCGUCUAGCGUGACUAUCUCUGGUGACCUUCCAGCAAUCGAGGAGCUCGAAAUCCUUCUCAGCGAUAAGCAAUUUUUCAGUCGUCGAUUGGCAGUUGAUGUCGCCUACCAUUCUCAUCAUAUGGAACAGAUAGCCACUCAAUAUCUGGAAUCAAUCGCUCAUGUCAAGCCACGGGAAACAGAUAGCCAGGCCAAAGGAAUAUCAUUCUUCUCAUCCGUAACAGGAACCGAGCUUCUUUCAUUUGAGCUCGGAGCCAACUAUUGGGUGCGCAAUUUACUUGGUCAGGUCAAAUUCUCUGAUUCUUUGCGCACGCUCUGCUUUGAAACAGGCCAAAGGCAACGGAAUGCAAACACCAAACGCGCAAAACGUUCACAAAAAGUCAACGUCGAUACGUUGAUCGAGGUUGGGCCACACUCUGCUAUGUCCGGUGCUAUCAAGCAGAUCUUCAAGCCUGAUCCAAAGCUCUCUGCUGCUGAAAUUUCCUACGGGAGUGUCCUCGUUCGGAAGCAAAAUGCGAUAUCGACAGCUUUAUCCGUAGCGGCGAUGCUCGCAGCAUCCAGUUACCCGGUGGACUUCAAAGCAUUGAAUAAUCCUACGAACGAUCAACUUCAUCUCCUCGUUGACCUUCCGCCGUAUGCGUGGAAUCAUUCCCGGUCAUACUGGGCCGAGUCGCGAAUUAGCAAGGCUUAUCGGAACCGGAAGUUCCCACGUACAGACCUCCUCGGUAUAUCAGAUUCUGUGUCGUGUCCAUUUGAGCCCCGAUGGAGGAAUUAUAUCCGCGUGGCCGAGAUCCCAUGGCUCAAGGAUCACAAGAUCCAGUCCAAUAUCGUUUAUCCGGCAGCUGGGUACAUCGCUAUGGCGAUAGAGGCGGUAUCACAGCAUAUCUCGGGGACAUCGUCUAAUGUAGCUGUCACUGGGUAUCUGCUGAGGGACGUAUCGAUACAGUCCGCCCUAGUCGUCGGCGAAACUUCAUCCACGGAGGUCAUGAUUUCCCUCAGGGAGUGCGCAGCAGAUGGUCCUGACAGGUCGUAUGAGUUCCAUGUUUAUUCAGCAUCAGACGAUAAUCGUUGGACACAGCAUUGCAAGGGGUUUGUCAGUGUUAAAUAUGCAUUCCCCGGAUGUAUCGAUCUCCGCACAGAAAUUAAGGCCAAUGGGUACAGUUUCACGAGUUUGGACGUUGCACGAUUCUACGAGACGCUUGCAGCUGCUGGCUUGGAAUACGGGUCAACGUUUGCCAAUAUGACAGCAGCCCGUUACGUAUCACACAACUGUAUUGCAGAGAUCACUGUCCCUAAUACAGCGGCUGUGAUGCCCAUGAACUACCAGCAUCCAUAUAUAAUUCACCCGUGCACAUUGGAUGCUGUCUUCCAUUCCAUCUUUCCAGGCCUACCAGGUACCUUGGAUGGCACACUAGAACCACCUAUUCCAAUAUCCAUCGGCGAAAUCUACGUGUCUAGUAAUAUUACUACAGCACCAGGGAGCAAACUGGAUGUGUCUACACAAGUCCGGGAGCAAGGCGAGCAAGAUGUCCUUGCUUCGAUUCAAGUCUCCGAUGCCCAGACCUCUGGAACUGCGGUGUCUAUCUCUGACCUUCGAUGCAGAAGGCUUGCAAGCGACUCACCCAAGACCGCAGCGAAGGAGACUCGUAUUGCGUACAGAAUAGAUUGGCAGAUAGAUCCAGAUCUGCUAUCUAGGGAUGAUAUAUCAUAUAUGCUGGGCGUUGGAUGCGUGACGAAGCCAGUUAAUAGACUCCUUGAAAAAUGUGCAUUGCAUUAUAUCCGCCAGGCAGUCGAGGUUUUCAAUAAUGCAGAGAUUCCACCAACAAACCAAGGAAUCUGGAAGUUCUUUGUCGAUAUCACAGAAAAGCACACAUGGAUGGAAUCCAAAAUUACCGAGUCCCAGAUCCAGCAAGUAUUGAAGACUGGUCCGACGGGCGAACUUCUAGUUGCCGUUGGCGAAAGCAUCCCCGCCAUCCUACAAGGCAAGGUCGACGCUGCCACUCUCCUUUACAGCUCGGGCCUCCUUGAUAAACGCCUCUAUAACUGCUACGACUCGGCAGCUAUAUAUCUGCGGGCAGUCGGUCACAAGAACCCCACCAUGUCGGUCUUGCAGGUUGGAACAGGGACAGGAAAGGCAAUACAAUCGCAGUUCCAAAUUCUCUUCUCGGAGGGAAGAGAUACCACGCCUCGUUUCUUGAACUACACAGUCACGGAUGCGGACCAGUCUGUUCUCGAAGACGCAGCAAAGAAUCUUUCUGAGUACGAAGAGUGGAUCGACUUCCAUAUUCUCGAUAUCGAAACCGACCCCGAGCCGCAGGGCUUUACUUCACACCAAUACGAUGUCAUAGUCGUUCCACAUGGGAUCUACGCUGCUAGAUCGACAGAGCAAGUUUUCAAGAAUAUUCGCCAGCUGCUCAAGCCGGACAGCCAUCUAGUCCUUAUAGAUCCUGCACAUAGGCAUGACGGUCUCAUUGAGUCUGCUAUCUUCGGCUGUCUUCCUGGAUGGCCACCUGGCGAAUGGGAUCAGGUGCUUCGAGAGGCACAAUUCUCUGGCGUUGACCAUCUUGCCGAGUUUGAUGAUACGUCACUUAUUCUCAGCAGCCCACUGAAACAGUCUCCUGCUGUUACUCCUGUGGAGGUACUGAUUAUCUCUGAAGAGAGUAACUCUGUCUCUCUGCCUUAUCUGCAAGACAUGCUCUCCACGGUCCAUCUCACAGCAAGAAUAACAGAUCUUGCACAUGUAAAACCAGAAGGACGGUUAUGCAUCGUCCUCAGUGAUAUCCUGGCCCCUUCAAUGACCGACGCAGAUGAUGCCACUUUCGACACAGUCAAGUCAUUAUUCUUGAAAAGCUCCGGUGUUCUAUGGGUCACACGCGGUGGAGGUACUUUAGGUCUCAGAGAUUCAGAUGCAUCGAUAAUUACGGGAUUUGCUCGAACAGCGCGCUCAGAGUCUGGUGUUGAACCGAUCGUCACCCUGGAUCUUGAUGCACGAGACUUGCUUUCUGCUGAACGAGCGGCGGAGCUGAUAUUCAGACUGUUCCACUAUCGCUUCUUUGUCAAUCAAUCAAUUCACGCCGAUACCGAGUAUUCUGAAUCUGGGGGAAUCCUGUCUAUACCCCGGGUUGUGGAGGAGCCUCGUCUGAACAAACAUCUUGCGGCAGCGUUGAAUCCUCGGGUACUCACGGACCAGCCAUUCUAUCAGCCAAACAGGCCACUAAGAGCAGUUGUCGGUAGCAGCAGCAGCAUAGAGAAGCUCUAUUUUGUUGCUGACACCCGAGCGUCCGUGCUUCCACCAGACUAUGUCGGAAUCAAAGUCCAAGUCAUCGGAGUAACCAAGGAUGAUACCAGGGCCCAACCGGGCGAGGAGAACAUUGGGAGACAGUGCAGCGGAACAGUAUACGCCAUCGGUAAGGCCGUUCAGGGCUUUGGAAUUGGAGACCAAGUCGUCUGUCUAGGCACCGGCACAAUAGCUAGUAUCUAUCAUGACCGUGCGGAGGCAUUCCAGAAGAUCCCAUCUGGCAUGUCCUUGGACGUUGCUGCUACCUUGCCUGUACCAUUCUGCAUGGCAUUUUAUGUUCUCCAUUAUUUAUCUCGUGUUGACCCGGGCGAUACAGUUCUCAUCAACGGGGCUGCGAGCGCAUACGGUCAAGCAAUGGUCAAAGUCGCCAAUCAGACUGGUGCGCGUACUUUCUCCAUCGUUGCCGACGAGACACAGAAAAAGUUCCUUUCCUUCACAGCCAAUAUACUAGAGGAUCAGAUUUUGGUUCGUGAUGUGGAUGAUUUCACCGACAUGGUUGAGAGGUCUACCGGCAAAGAUGUUGACGUCGUCAUCGACUGCAACGACUCCGACCAGGACAUCAAGCUGUUGGCUAACCAGAUCAAUACGUAUGCACGGUUCAUAAAGUUGGAUGGUGCUGGCUCGAAGAAUAUUAGGUUAUCGCAGUUUGGCAAGGAAGCCAUGUUCGCGGUGUUUUCUCUCGAGACGCUGAGGAGAGAGAAACCUGGUGUUCUAUAUGAUGCCUUCCGGCAAGUGAUGGGUCUUUUCCAUGAUCGUACAUUGCAAGGCCCGCCACUACUACAGUCAUUCAAAAUAUCUGAGCUCAAAAAUGUGCUGGACUCUUUCAACCUUGACACUUCUCAUUUCACGACGAUCACGGCCGCCCCAAACGAUCUAAUUAGGGCAACUCGUCCAAAGGCGGGCCUGCUUCUCCAUCCAGACGCCUCGUACAUGCUCGUUGGUGGACUUGGUGGGAUCGGACGGGCAACUGCACUCUGGAUGGCUGAGCGCGGAGCAAGAACCCUCAUCUUCGUGAACCGGAGUGGUCUGUCGAAAGAGUCGUCCAAAGAGACUGUGCGGGUAUUGGAAGAGCGAGGAGUCCGGGUGAUUGUUUACGCCUGCGAUGUCUCAAACAGUCGACAAAUGCAGACCAUGGUUUCUGAGUUGGCACGACAAGUACCACCGAUCCGAGGUGUUAUCCAAGCGGCGAUGGUGUUGAAAGACACACACAUCGAAAAAAUGACCUCCGAAACCUACCACUCCGUCCUCCAACCCAAAUACAGUGGAACCUGGAACCUCCACUGCCAUCUUCCCUCCGAAAACCUCGACUUCUUCCUGCUCCUCUCCUCUAUCAGCGGCAUAAUCGGCAACGCCACACAAGCCGCCUACGCCGCCGGCUCAACCUUCAUGGACGCCUUUGCAUCCUACCGCUCGCGCAGCCUGGGUCUAAGAACCGUAUCACUCGAUCUCGGCGUGAUUACAGAUGUAGGAUACGUAGCCGAACACCAGGGACUCGCAGCUGCCAUGGAACAGCAGGGCUUCCAGGGGACUGAUACACCGACGCUGUUGGCAUUGAUUGACAUGGCGAUUGCACAACCGAUUGAGUUCCAUCAGGUUAUCACGGGCUUGGGCGAGUGGAAGGGGUCGGGGAAGUCACUGGCGAAUUUUGAUGCGCCGCUGUUCGCGCGGUAUCGUCGUCGGUUCUUGUCUGCAGAUUCUGUGGAUGCUGGUAGUGAUGCGGCUGCCAUGGAUACACUUCGCGAGGACCUGGCUGCGGCGAAGACACUUGACGAUGCGAUGAGUGUGAUUUAUUCUGCCCUCAGCGCAAAGAUAGCCGCGCAUUUGUCUCUGUCUGUUGAGACUAUUGAUCCCUCCAACCCGAUCUCAGAGUACGGAGUUGACUCGCACGUUGCGGUGGAACUACGGAACUGGAUUACGGAGAAAGUGGAGAGUACUGUGCCUAUCUUGGAUAUCCUGGCGAGUGGUUCGGUGGGCGAUUUGGCAGCGAAGAUUGCGAGCAAGUCGAAGUUGGUUAGAUUGGAAGAGUAAAAUCAGCAGCAGUAGUAGGAUAAAUUAAUUAAGACCAGAUAAAUUGAUGGUUCAGAAUGGGUUUGUUAUUAUUCCUGUACAGCCCUAGGGCAUCUAUUCCGAUUAAUACAUAAUAUCAGACUUAUCUAUCAUCUA